AUGGAGCUGCUGCUGGUCUGCCUUUCCUUGUGGAUAUUGCAAUGCAACUCGGCCAAAGGGGACUCCAUCAUACACAUCGGGGCCAUAUUUGAGGAGAACGCCGUGAGGGACGAUGAGAUUUUUCAGCUGGCCAUCUCUGACCUGAGUCUGAAUGAUGACAUUCUGCAAAGCGAGAAGAUCACCCACUCUGUCAAACUCAUUGAGCCCAACAACCCCUUCCAAGCUGUGCAAGAAGCAUGCGAGUUGAUGAACCAAGGGAUCCUCGCGUUGGUCACCUCCACUGGCUGCGCGGCUGCCAGCGCCUUGCAAUCCCUGACGGAUGCCAUGCACAUCCCCCACCUGUUCAUCCAAAGGAACGGUGAUGGUGUUCCACGCACCGCCUGCCAGUUUAACCCCAGCCCAGACGGCGAGAGCUACACGUUAGCUGCGCGGCCGCCUGUCCGCAUCAACGACGUCCUGCUCACCCUCAUUUCAGAGCUGUACUGGCAGAAGUUCAUUGUCUUCUAUGAGAGUGACUAUGAUAUCCGCGGUUUGCAGACGUUCAUGGACCAGGCCUCUAGACUGGGGCUAGACGUGUCCCUGCAGAGGGUCGACCGCAAUGUAAGCCGGGUUUUCAACGAUCUCUUCAGCACGUUGCGCACUGAGGAGCUCAACCGCUACCGUGACACUCUGCGGCGGGCUGUGCUGCUCAUGAGCCCCCGAGGAGCGCAGGUUUUCAUCCACCAGGCUGUAGAGACCAACCUGGCAUCCAAGGACAGUCACUGGGUGUAUGCCAACGAGGAAGUGAGUGACGCUGAUAUCAUGGAGCUGGUUCACAGCUCCCUGGGCCGAAUGACCCUCAUCCGUCAGGUGUUCCCACUGUGGAGGGACACCAACGUCCGCUGCAUGAGGAACAAUCACCGCAUUUCCUCGCUGUUGUGUGACCCCCAGGAAGGCUAUCUGCAGUCCCUGGAGGUGUCCAAUCUCUACCUAUAUGACAGCGUUUUGAUGCUGGCCAACGCCUUCUACAGGAAACUGGAGGACAGAAAAUGGCAUAGCAUGGCCAGCCUCAACUGCAUGAGGAAGUCCACCAAGCCGUGGAAUGGGGGGUGGUCUAUGCUGGACACAAUACAAAAGGGGCGCAUCAGCGGCUUGACAGGACUGAUGGACUUCCGGGCAGAGGGCUCAAAUUCUCACGUGCAAUUUGAGAUUCUGGGAACCAGCUACAGCGAGACCUUUGGGAAGGAUGCGAAACGGUUGGCGUCAUGGGACUCUACCCGAGGUCUGAACGGAAGCUUAAAAGAGAACCGGAUUGAGAGUGGGAUGCAGGGGGUGACGCUCAAGAUCGUCACAUUACUGGAAGAACCUUUCGUGAUGGUGGCAGAGAACAUCCUAGGGCAGGCCAAGAGAUACAAGGGCUUUUCCAUUGAUGUCUUGGACGCCCUGGCUAAGAUCCUGGGUUUCAAAUAUGACAUCUACCAAGUUGAAGAUGGAAAAUACGGCUCGGCGCUCCCUAAUGGCUCCUGGAAUGGAAUGAUUGGAGAACUCAUUGGCAAGCGGGCAGACCUGGCUUUGUCGGCUAUCACCAUCACGCCAGAGCGCGAGCGUGUGGUGGACUUCAGUAAGCGCUACCUGGACUACUCAGUGGGCAUCCUGAUGCGCAAAUCGGAAGAAAAGAUUAACAUCUUCUCCCUUCUGGCACCCUUCGAUCUUGCCGUCUGGGCCUGCAUCGCCGCCGCCAUCCCGGUGGUGGGUGUUAUGAUCUUCCUCCUUAGGCGCAUCCAGGCUAUCCGAUGCCAGAACAACGCGGGCGGCCACCCGCAGCCCUCGCCUUCCACGUCGCUGCAGAGCGCCAUCUGGAUUGUCUACGGUGCUUUUGUCCAACAAGGCAGCGACUCCAUCCUGGGCUCGGUGGCCCUGCGUAUUGUGAUGGGCAGCUGGUGGCUAUUCACACUCAUUGUGUGCUCAUCCUACACGGCUAACCUGGCUGCCUACCUGACCGUGUCCCGCAUGGACAAUGCUGUACGAUCUUUCCAGGACCUGUCCAAGCAGGUGGACUUAGCGUAUGGGACGGUGAGAGACUCGGCUGUGUACGACUACUUCCAAGCCAAAGGCACCAACCCCCUGGAGCAGGACAGCACCUUCGCCGACCUCUGGAAAACCAUCAACAAAAACAACGGUUUCGAGCAUUCGGUCUCAGGCCCCUUUGAAGGCAUCAAGAAGGCAAAGCGAGAGUCCUACGCCUUUCUGUGGGACAUGGCGGUAGUGGAAUACGCCGCACUCACUGACGAUGACUGCACGCUGACAGUCGCCGGCAACAGCAUCAGCACUCGUGGCUACGGCGUGGCUCUGCAGCACGGCAGUCCUUACAGAGACCUCUUCUCUCAGAAGAUCCUUGAACUUCAGGAAAAGGGCGACCUGGACAUCUUAAAACAGAAGUGGUGGCCAAAGAAGGGCCGCUGUGACCUGCAGAGCCACGCCGAAGCCCAGACGGAGGGCCGAGCACUGCAUCUGCACAGUUUUGCCGGGGUCUUCUGUAUCCUGGCGGCCGGGCUGCUGCUGGCCCUGCUGGUGGCCGCACUGGAGACCUGGUGGAACAGCAACUACUGCCGCCGAAAGGAGCCCAAAGAGGACAAAGAGGUGAACCUGGAGCAGGUCCACCAGCGUUUAAACAGCCUCCUGGAUGAAGACCUGGCCCACAAGCAGCUGCCGGGCCAGUCCAUUGAGAUUUCAGCCCUAGACAUUGGCAGCAUGCAGCCCAGCCAGUCCCUGGAGGUCUUGUCGGCAAGGGAGUACCCCGCCCACCGGGGGCCGCCACCGCCACUCUCGGUGAGCACCUUUCUCCGCGAGGGUCACGGGACUGGGAGGACACUCGGCGCGGUGGGCGGCCGGACCCUGCCACUGCCCCUCAGCAGCGCCACCAUGCCGUCCAUCCGCUGCAAACACAGGGCGCCCAACGGGGGGCUCUUCCGCCAGAGCCCGGUCAAGACGCCAAUGCCAAUGUCCUACCAGCCGGUGCCGGGGGUGGCCAUCCCAGAGGGGGAAGCCAGCCACGGGACCUCCAUCUGA